UUAUUCUACAUCAUUUUGAUUCUAAUAACAAUUAAAAUUGAUAAAUUAUUAAGAUUGUUGUUAAAUAUGCCUUUUUUUACAAAUAAAUUUUCUCCAAAAAAAACUCCGCUGAGAAAAGCACCAACGUCUUUAGCAAAUAGAGAUCUAAGUCCUCAACGUAUUGAAAGAGAACUUGGUCCUGAAAUAGGGCCAAUUAAAAUACGUCUUGGUGAUCACGAAUCAGUCUUUGACAGUGGUACUUGGAUUCCUGAUUCAGGUAAAAUAGGAGUUACGUACAAAGAAAAUGAAAAACUAAAAAAAGAAAUCAGUAGAUUGGAGGAAGAAAAUAAUUUCCUUAGAUUAAAAUUUGAAUUAAUGUUAGAUAUGUUAACAGAAACUACCGCUCAAGUACAAUUAAACAAAGACCACGUUGAAAACUUAAAAAAUAAAAUAUCUUAUAAUAAACGGUUAUAA